AGAAAACCAAGCUCUGCACCUCGUCAAAGCCAUUCUUCGCGAUGUCGAUCAAGCGAAGUCCGAUCGAGAAUCGUUCAUGAUUUGGGUCGCUAAGCUUCAGGGUUUAGCUAUCGAUGCCGAAGUUGUAAUGGAAGAGCUCUCCUACGAGAAUCUUAGGCGCCAAAUUGACGUCAAUGGAAAUCCCAAGAAAAUGGUAUGUGAUUUCUUUUCAUUCUCUAAUCCCUUGUUGUUUAGGUUGAAAAUGGCUCAUAAAAUUAAAACCAUUACCCAAAUUUUGAAUGAGAUUACUGGGGAGGCAAGUGCUGUGGGGGUUGUUGCUAAAGUGAAUGAAAGGGUAACGAGUGCUAAUAAUGGGCAAAUUCCAGAGACUGACUCAUUUCUUGAUGAGUUUGAGAUUGUAGGAAGAGGGGUUGAUAUAUCAAGAAUAGUGAGCAUAGUUCUUGACACUACCACACACGACAGGAUCUCUGUCCUUCCUAUUGUCGGGAUGGGUGGUCUUGGAAAGACAACAGUGGCAAAAGCAGUCUUUAAUCAUGAGCUUGUGGAAGCUCAUUUUGAUGAAACAAUUUGGGUGUGCGUGACUGCAAGUUUUGAUGAGAAGAAGAUUUUAAGAGCAAUUUUGGAAUCUCUUACGAACUUUCCAAGUGGUUUGGAUAGUAUGGAUGCUAUACUUAGAAGAUUACAAAAGGAGCUGGAAGGGAAGAGGUAUUUUCUUGUGCUGGAUGAUGUAUGGAAUGAAAAUUUUGAACUGUGGAAUAAUUUGAUGAGUCUUUUGUUAAAGAUUACAAAUAGUGUUGGGAAUAGAAUUCUUGUGACAACUCGGAGUGAAGAAGCUGGAAAAGUCGUGAAGACGUUUCCCAUUUAUCGUUUAGCUAAGUUAUCAGACGAUGAAUGCUGGUUGAUAUUCAAGGAAAGAGCGUCCCCAAAUGGUCUACCACUGACUCAAGAGCUGGAAGUUAUGAAGAAUGUGCUUGCUGAGCAGUUUGGAGGCAUUCCAUUGGUUGCGAAAGUCGUCGGAGGAUCCGUACAAGUUAAGACAAGAAGAGAGACUUUGUUGAUGUCAACAUUGGAAACCCUGAUUAUGAAUCCGCUACAUAAUGAAAACGAUAUCUUGUCUAUCUUGAGAUUAAGCGUGGAUCAUUUGCCGAACUCGUCGUUGAAACAAUGUUUUGCAUAUUUUUCAAAUUUUCCGAAGGGAUAUAACUUUGAAAAGGAACAACUAAUCCAAUGCUGGAUGGCUGAAGGGUUCAUUCAACCUUCUGAUCAAGCAGGCUAUGAAACCAUGGAAGAUAUAGGAGACAAGUACUUCAAUAUCUUACUAGCUCAUUCCUUAUUUCAAGAUAUUGUCAAAGAUGAGAAUGGUAAAAUCACUCACUGUAAGAUGCAUCAUCUUCUUCAUGAUCUUGCAUAUUCUAUCUCAAAAUGUGCAGCAUGUGGUUCAGAUGUUAUUGGUUUAAAUGAUAGCGUUUCUCAAAUUCGACAAUUAUCCUUGAUUGGCUGUGAGAAUAAUAUACCUUUGCCUUCUAUAAGGAGUAUGCGGAACUUACGUUCUUUGUUCUUGGACAGAGAUGUCUUUGGCCACGAGAUUUUAAGUUUCAAGCGCUUGUGUGUUCUAAACAUAUCGCGAUGUGAAAUCUGUAGCUUGCCAACGUCAAUCGGAAGGUUAAAGCAUCUACGGUAUCUAGACGUUUCAAAUAAUAUGAUAAAGGAACUUCCAAAAUCUAUUGUUAAGCUUUACAAAUUGCAGACCCUGAGGCUUGGUUGUUUCCAUGGAGAAGCCCCCAAGAACUUCAGGAAACUGAUCAGCUUGAGACAUUUCUAUAUGGAUAUUAAAAGACCAACAAGUAGGCACAUGCCUCGUUAUCUAGGUAGGUUGGUUGAUCUUCAAUCCUUGCCUUUUUUUGUUUUUGGCAUGGACAAGGCUCUCAUAUAGAAGAGCUUGGAUAUCUGAGCCAUCUCAGAGGAACAUUAAGGCUUUACAAUCUUGAGUUUGUCAGAAAUAUGGGGGAAGCCAUGACAGCAAAGUUGGUGAAAAAGGAAAAAGUGUACAAAUUGAAACUAUUA